CACCGUAUUAUUUUUCUCGAACGCAGCUGACGAUGUAAACAAGAAAAGACAGUCGAGGGCAACAGGGAUCAAAUAGGCCGGUGUCAACGCAAAUGAUAGCCAUCGCAUGCUCGUGAACGGCUGACAUGGGGCUUCCUGUUACUAUUAAAGUCAAUUUUCGGGGGAACGUGAAGAGAUUCCUGGCGCAGGAUUUGGACAAAUUGGAGUGGGAAUCCGUGGAAGCUUGGAUCAAAGCAUCAUUUGGGAUCAACCACUUUCAAGUCAAAUACUUUGAUGAGGAAAAUGAAGAGAUUUGCAUCAACAGUCAAGAUGAAUACGAAGAAGCCAUCAAGAGUGCAGAGAAGCAGGGGAACCAGUUGCACAUGAACGUGUACAAGAUGAAGGGGCAGGCCUGUGGAGGCCCUCUGAAGACGGAGGUGAAGGAGCUGAAGGGAGACCUCCGGCCCGCUCCUCCUUAUCCAUCCAGGGUCAAAACAGUGGACAAGGGCACACAGGUCACCCCGGAGCGAGAAGCUGUAACAGUGAAGGACACCAAGGGGAACAAACCAGAAGACGAGCCGCCUCCCAUGUGGUUCAGAUCUUACAUGGAGAAGUUUAAAGAUGAAGUCGUGAAAGAGGUGGUGGAGAGGAUGUGCAGCGACUUUUCUGGCCAGUGUUGCACACACAAAGCUUCUGAUGGGCCCCUCGAGACCGGCGGGGGGGCUACUGGCGGUCCCAUAGGGCCCAGACCAGGCCCCUCCACCUCGAACGGAUCUCUUGGCUACACCCCAAACUGCAGCAGCUGCCACAAACUCACCUCUGAAGGGGCCUAUAAGUGCAGUGUGUGCCCGUCCUGCAUCCUGUGUGAGAUGUGCAGGCAUAGCCAUGACCCCAGCCACAACCUUGUGAGAACCAAGACUCCUCUCUCCAUCCCCGAGCAUGGAAUGUCGGGAGAGUUGAGGUUCCCAAGGCGAGGAGACAGGACAGUGCGCAAGGCCGAGCGACAGCGCCUCAAAGCUGAAAGGAGGCAGCUCAGAGCUGAAGUGAAGGAAAUCAAGAAGAAACUGAGACUGGAGAAGAGGGGGCUGCAGUGGAGCGGGCCCUCUACCUCAGGCAGAGCCAACCUGACAAACACGGCCUCCGCGUCCACCCAGGUCCCGGCUCCGCCCCCCACUGCUGCCUCAGAAACAGCCUCAGGUCCAGCCCCAGCCCAAGGUCCCGCCCCUGCCCCGGUCCCUGACCCCCAGGCCUCCAGUCCAGAGGGUCCUGGGGUCUCGCACACGUCCUUGGUGCCCACUAUGGCUGCGUUGUUUCUGGAUGAAAAUCUGCCGGACGGCACCCGUUUGGAGCCUGGAACCAAGUUCAUCAAAUACUGGAAGAUGAGGAACUCGGGGACUAUCAGCUGGACCUCAGAGACCAAGCUAGUGUUCAUGUGGGGGAACCUCGGCCUGGCGUCAGAGGAGAGGAGGGAGGUGCCGGUCCCCCUGUUGCUGCCCGGGCAGGUGGGAGUGGUCAGUGUGGCCUUUGUGGCUCCCGUGAUGGAGGGGACGUACACCUCCCACUGGAGGCUGGCGCACUGCGGGUGUCAGUUCGGCCCGCGCGUCUGGUGCAGCAUCGUGGUCGAACCCGGCGACGGCCGCAACACGCUCGCUCCUCAGAGCAAACGACUGAAGGAGGACGUUAAGCCAGCAGAGAAGAAGAGGGAGGUCCGGUCUCAGGACAGUCCUGGUCCUGGCUUUGCUAUCGACCUGAGCCAUGAGGACUUGUACUUCCCAUCGGUCGACCUGCUGACUGCGCAGGAUCUUCUGUCAUUUGAGCUGCUGGAUAUAAACAUCGUGCAGGAGUUGGAGAAGGUUCCUAACAACACACCUGUGGCUUUGACACCCUGCAUAUCCCCUCUGCCCCCUGAUGCUCCAGUGUUGGAGAAGGCCGUCGCUUCACAGAUAAAAGAUGACUCGGAGGUCUCAGGGGUCAGAACACUUUUCGGAGUGAAGCUGAGGCAGGAGAGCGGGCAGCCGGAGCCUGUGGCCCAGGAGGAGGACCGGGAGGAGGAGAUCAGUGGAGCCCAGUUCCUCUGUGAGACCGUCAUCCGCUCCCUCACCUUAGAGGAAGCCCCCGAUCACAGACCCCUGCGCCGAGCCCAGCACAGCAGCCUCAAAGCAAACAUUUCCUCUCGUGGUCCAAACUUUCCCUUUGAGAAGCCGGUGGAUGUUGAGAAGUCAGAGAGAGUGCAAGAAGUUAAAGAGGAGAUCUGUGCUGUCAGACUGGAGAGUUCAGCUCUGCCUCUAAACACCGGUCUCAACCUGAUCAGCGUGGAAGAGGAGACAAGUCCAGCGGAUGAAAACACACAGAUCAGCUCACCUCCUGACAGAGAGGACGAAGAGGUCAUGGUUUUGAACGAGCUGCAGAGCAUGAGGGACACCGAAGAGGAGGGAGAGGAGGGCGGCAACAAAGGAGAAGACUGGGAGGAGGUCAGCAGCCAGACCUCUUCAGUCUCCUCCUGCGACGAUUACAUCAUCGUCCUCCCAGACUGCUUCGACACCAGCCGGCCUCUGGGUGAGUCCAUGUACAGCUCUGCCAUGUCGCAGCCAGACCCAGCUGACGCCACCGCUGCUGCUGCUGCUGCUGCUGAUGAUGAUGAUGAUGUAACCUCAGCUGAUCCAGACGUGGACGAGGAGAAAGAGGAAGAGUCCGAGCCCGAGCCCGACGCGGCUGAACCUCUGAGUGAGAGGCAGGAGAAGAUGGAGGUGGCUGAAGACGAGGAUCCACCUGUGAACACCUGGCUUCCAGUUCUCCCUCCAUCCAUCCACAGCAGUGUGAACCAGAUGCUGUGUGCCUCCCAGACGCUCGACGCCACCACGCUCACCCCUGAAGUGGUGCCGCCGCCCGUGCUGCCAGACCCCCUGCCCCCGCCCGCCCUCUACUCACCAAGGUCUGAAGCACUGUACCUGGCUGAGGACCCCAGCCCCCCGGCCUGUGACCCAUAUGAGCCGCCCCAACCGAGGGUCCACCUAAAUGUAUCAUCUGGUGGUCUGUCGAGAUCAGCAGGCUCAGCAUCCAGUGCCUUUGAGACAUAUAACCCCAGACCCAGAUACGCUUUGCAGCCAAGAGGCCAAGGAGGCAUCACAGAGGGAUUCGUCAAGGGGGCCCUUUCUGUGGCAGCGUCUGCUUAUAAAGCCCUCUUCACUGGACCAAACUGUUCCAUACAGCGAGGCAUCGACCCAGCCACCAGACAGGACCCUUCCAUGAUGGCGAUGCUGCUGGAGAUGGGCUUCGGAGACCAGCGGCUCAACCAGCGGCUGCUGAGGAAGCACGGCUACAGCCUGCUGCACACCGUCAACGAGCUGGUGCAGAUGGCCGAAGACAGCCAGAACAAAGCUGUCAACUCUCUGCACUAAAGGGGGGAGGGGGGGGGGGGAUAACCGCAGGGGGAGAGGCUACUUUUGUUUAAGGCUUUAAAAGAAGGAAUUGAAAACAUGAUGUAAAAAUAUUUAGAUUAUGUCCUGCAUAUCGCUCACCCUUUACAGCGUCUAGCUUUAUAUUCAAUUCUGUAAAGUCCAGACAAAGAAAACCUUUCUGUGUGUGACUUAUUGGUUGAUCAUUUAUUUGGAACAAAAUGAAUAAUAAUUACACACACAAAAAAUCCGUUAAAGGCAGGG